CCCCUUUGGGCCCUUACACACUGUCACUGGCCUCGACAGUGGAUGCAGUUGGCAGAAGCCUGAAGCAGGGAAUGGUAUGUCUCGCAGACUCAGGUCCGAUGGAGCCCUUCCACUUUUAUGACACAAACGAGGUCUAAUACUAAUGCCGUUGGGAAAGAUUGAUAGAAACGCAACAACACAGUACAACAGUGCACGUGUACCCAAAGGCUCCAAAGCCAAAGGAAGUAGCAUUACCGGUGGAUCCGUACAUUGUACGUCGGAAGCAGGUUCUUAUCUGGACUGCUUGCUUCCACGCCACGCCGAUUGAGUUGCCGAGCUGAACUCAGGAUCCGGCACUGGCGUUGUUGCUGCACGAUUCCCUUGUCGAAGUGCUUGCUCAGUCGGAAAGAACACCGGACGUAUUACUUGAGCAGCUGCGGCCAGAAAGGGUCCGUCGUCCGCAUAGUACCAUACCAGAAAAUCCGCACUGCUCUGCAAAACGUGCGAACUUCGUUGUACACACUAGCGCUGGAAGUGGCUGAGAGGAAUGGAAGCAUCGGGCCUGUUCACGCCUCACCAGAUGUUGGUGAUGAAGAUUAGCGUGGCAGUCGCCAUAAUACGCUGCAAGCCAGCAAAGACGUCAUCGCGGCAGUUUGCAGAGGAGCUUGCACACCAGCACAGGGAGAGCGAAGAGACAUGGAAAACUCGUGCAAGCAGGCUGGAAGAGGAGGUACUGCACCUUCGCCAGCAGCAGCUGAUGCCAUCUCUCCCUGGACAGCAGCAGCCCGAGCAGCAGCCAGAGCAAGCCAUGGACAGUUGUGGCGCGGAUGCAGGGUUGGAGACAUACUCGAAUGAACAGUCCAACCAAGGCGGCACUCCGACUGCACAAGCACAAGCACGGGGGCAAGGCUUGUCGGCAUCGCAACGUGACACACCAUUGCCAGUGCACAUGCACAUGCACGGCAGUGCAAGAUUGUCGGAUGAUGCUCAGCAGGCGUUGCAGCAACACUGCGCUUUCCUACUCGCAUUACAAGAAGCUGGUAGCCUGGCAGCUUGGAAGGAAAGCAACGGCGGGGCGAGUGGUCUUGGCGACAACUUGGCGCUGACGUUCCGAGAAACUGUCUUCAGGGUUACACGAGCCCUGUGGAGGAAUAUGGACAGCUACCCCAGUAAUGCAGUGAUUCCACACGAGUUACUACGGAAGGCCGUGAACGCGCUCAUAGCUAGUUUCGACCUUUGCACUGAGCAGGAUCUGCAGGAGGCGAUCGCUGGAGAGCUGUGGAAGCUGCUGCAAUGCAUGAUCAAACACAUGCUGAACAACACGUCCAGUUUCAUUGUGAGAGGCAGUCAACAAGUUCAGCUAUCUUGGUGCGUCAGUCAGCUGGGCAUACAUUUACCGGCGCUGACGCUCGACACGUGUACAACACUGGUCGACCAUCUCUGUGUGCAGCUCAACACAUUGAAAGAGCAGAGCAAUGAUGUUCUCAAUGUUGAUUACGAGCAGCUGGAUCGUGCUUUCUACUGCUGCAAGGCGCUGGAAGACCUUCUAGCUAGCACGGCACACAUGCUGCCAGAAGCAGAGGCGGUGUCCAUGAGCCGGCGACUUGACGAGGCGGUGGUGGCGGGGGAGCUAUGCGAGCACUUUCCACAAGUGUCUCAUUACGUCUGGAGACUGGAGGCGCUGCUCACUCAACAGCUGCUGGCCGCCGACCAACACAUGGACACGGGUGACAGCGUAAAGCAGCCAGCACACGGCCGGUAGAUGUAUCCGACCUGAAGUGAAAAACCGGCGCCCUAUACCAGUUCUGAAUUCAUCACUGUAUUCGUACAUGUGCACGUCCAGCCGCAUCCGUGCCACUUCCAGGGCGUCAAGGUCCGUGCGAAAUGUGGGUGCUAAAUGUGCACUUUUGGUCUGAUGUCACCGAGCGAAACUGUACAACUAGUCAUGAAAACACGCCGCCGCCGCAGUGAGAGACCGAGCUAUUCCAUGACGACAGCACAUUGCCUAGGAAGCGAUUUGACAGAUCAAGAAUUCUAGACUGCAGGUCACUUCCAAGCAUUCGCAAAGAGAUCAACGUUCUAAAAGUUCUUCAUGAUGGCUAUCAGAAAUCCGCAGCUGUCGCGUCGAGCAAUGAGAAGAGACACAAUGUCAAGUCACUUGCUCCUUUCCAAGCACAGCAAUGCAGACGGGUAACUGAGUAUCACACCACUAAGUCCUGCUGAUGCGUGUGUUCUAGCGGUGGUGAGCGAAGCGGUGGUGCAGUCGCAGCCCAGCUAGACAUGAGAAGCUCGCACCGGUAUGUGUGUGUGUGUGUGUGUGUGUGUGUGUGUGUGUGUGUGUGUGUGCACCUGGCUGCCACAUAUAUAGCCCUACAGUGUUUGAAUAUACUGUACAUACACACAGUACCACAGUCGUCCCUCUCUAAUCCGGCACUCGUUUAUCCAGCACCCUUGCAAACCCGCACACUUUCUGGCAAAACAGAUUUUUUCAGUUCAUUUUCUACGCUUUAAUCCGGCACUUGAAUUCCGCCUCCAGCAGCGGUUUUCUGCAACAAAUCACUCAAACUGUACAUAAUUCGAUUUUCUAAUCCAGCAAUUGCACAUCGCAUACUGUCAGGGACCAUUGUAACAUACACAACACAUGUAAGAAUUCUCACGUGUUCAGCGCCACGCAGCAGGCAUCCUUUCCAAGCUUUGAA